UUCGUACUUUGUUUUGGCUUUUGUGCAACAGAAAACAACAGGACCAAUGAAUAGGAUAAAGCUGGACAAGGAUUUUGAGGCUGCGAAGCGGGAGCUUCUUGAGGGCAAAUUCCUGGAAUACGACGAAGAGUGGAAGAACUUAUUCUCCUGGAUGCGGGAGAAUAUAACACAGGAGAAUUACGUGAGUCCUUCGAUGUGGGAGAAUGCAAACAACAGACGCUUUGAUGGGGAAAUUGAGGACAUCGAAAAGGAUUUUCCGGGAAUUUUCGAGGUUACGGAAGACGAUGUGGCAAAAGCUGAGAAACAGCUGGAAGCUCUGCAAAUAGCGGAAAAAGAGUAUCGAGAGCAGAGUGCAGAGAUGGGGAACAUCCUAGAAAUGGUGAAUGAGGAGCUCCGGGAGUUGUCGAAGGAAUCAGCUGAUUCUUAUGCACAGUCAGAGAUUUGGCGGGAGAAAGUGGAGGAAUCUGAGGCUGAAUUGGCUUCGCUGCUCGAGCAGAAGAUUGAUUGUGUGGAGAAACUCAGGAAAAUGCAUAAGAAUCCCGAUGAAACUUUGGCUGCUGCUCAGAUUCCAAUGGACUUGCUGAACAGGAACAUGUCAAUGGCCGAGAAGCGCCUGGAAACGUGCAUGACGACCUUCAACACUGACGAAUCCUUGGAGCUGACGCAGCAAUUGUGCGGGAGGAUUGAGUUCUGCGCGGAGGACAGCUUGAAGCGAUAUGAUGAAUUGCUGGAGGCGCGAAUUAAUGUUGCUGGACUCGAGUCUGUGAUCGAGAUGAUUGACAAUUUCCCGGAAUCUUCCCUCUCGACCGAGGAAGUCAACUCUCAAAUGGCGGAAAUGAGCCAAAAGACUGAGAUCCUCGAGAUGCAGAUUGAGGAAUUGACCACAGAGUGUGUGGAAGGGAAGAAGCUGGAGCUGACGAGGGAGAAGCGCGAAAUUUUCGCGAACAUCCAGGAGAUAAAGCUCCAGAGAGCGCAGAAUCGUAUGGAGAGAUUGAAGGAAGUUGACCAGUUCACGGGAAAGUUCAUCAAUCUUGCCGAAUUCGUGUGGAUCCUGAAUCAGGUGGACAGCAAGAAGAUGAAGCACUUCCUUUCGAUUCUUAGCAAGGAGGAGAAGUCCUCGAUGCAGGACUUUGUGUGGAACAUCGACGAAGAAAGGCUGGAAUCUGUGGUGUCCAACUUCAGCUUCCAGCCUCAGAAGACAACUGUCGAGUUCAUCCUGAAUCCCAAUAGGAAUGUUCAGCUGAUGGAGAGUCUCUCUAACUUCCGCCAAAUUGAGUUGUCACUCAAGCCUCUGAUCCUUGGCCCAGGAAACACUCUUGUUCGGAUGUCACCACAAACUUCCCAUCAACUCUACUUCCUGGACAAUCUAGCGAAGCAGAAUGAGGCACAGCUCAAGCAGUUGAAGGAGAGAUUCAUCAAGGAGUAUCUCGAGCCGAAGGGAUCCAACAAACUCUGGGCUUAUCGUCGCGCUUUGUGGAUUUGGUUCCUCACACAGCCCAAGAAUGUCAUCAAAGCGAUCGAGUGUGCCUCCAAGGAGCCUUCUCAGAAGUCUAAGAUGAAGGGUCUUCCUGGAAUCCGGAAUAAGCAGUGAAUAAAG